CCACCUCAUUUUCUCCUGCUAUUUCUACUCACAACGAGCUCAUGAAACAGUGGUUUAGGGUGUACCAAGCAGAGAAGAGAUCUCCAAACGUCAAGGUGUAAACAAGGAGAAGUAAGAGGAUAGGACUUGGUUGAUAGCACUGAUGGCAGCCAUGUUUGGAGGAGGACGAGGUGUCUUGGUCACCAACAUCUCCAAGGCCUUCCCCAACCCUUCUCUUUCCCUCCGUUCUCUACCUCACAAGCCCAACCGGCUCCGUUUCCAAUCAGGUCCAAAAUCCUCACAGGCUUGUAACAGUGGGACGGGAGAUGAUAGGGAGAUGAGAGACAAAGCAAAUGAAGCAGCCGAAAGAGCAAGGGAGUCCAUGAAGCAAGGGGUGGAUAUGGCUAAGGAGAAUGCCAAAGCUGCGAAGGAGAAGACCGAGGAGGGAAGCAGCUACAUGGGUGAGAAGGUGAAGCAAACGGAGGAACAAGCACGAGAGAAGGCAUCCGACACCACAGAGCGAGUAAAGGAGACGAUGAAGGAAGGGAUGGACGAGACCAAGGAGAAGGCUGAAGCAGCCAAGGACAAGACCAAGGAUGGAAUUGGAUAUAUGGGAGAGGAGGUGAAGAAAACAACAAGUGAAGGGGUCGAGAAGGUGAAAGAACAUGCCGGCAUGGUGAAGGACAAGACCAAGGAGGGGGCAAGCAAGGUGGUGGAGACUGUGCAUAGCAUGGAGGAGAAGGCGAAGCAGAGAGUGCAGGAUGCAUGGGGGGCGACGAAGGAGACGACGCAGAGGAUUAAGGAGAGUGUGGUGGGGAAGGACGCCGGAGAGGAGCCGACGGAGGAGGAUGUGGCGGCAGCAGGGGAGAGCUUGGAGGAGGAGACAAGGAGGAAAGAAAGAGAGAGGAUGGAAGAUUAAGCAGCCAUUGCCUUAGCACAACCAAGCUGCGAAAACUACCUACUUGCUCUUAAUGUUCUUUCCGAGAUGCUUUUCAAAUGUGUUUCUUUCAUGCAUCCAAGGCAGAACGUAAGUAGUUCAUUGCUGUUUUAUAUAUCCUCAUGACCAGGUGAAAUUUGGGUUUCCAAUUUCAGGUUCUAAUGAUCUGCUAUAACUUGGCAGCAUUGGAAAAAAUGUGUGAAAGAACUGGGCCUGAUCAAGCAUGAGCCUCAACAUGAUGCAUAGUUGAAAUGGAUUUUCUGCUUGUGUUGUGGUCAUAAUUAAUUCAAAAUUGGUUCAAA